UUCUUGGCGCAGCGCAGUUGAAAUCACAGAGAGGGAAAGAGACAGCGAGCAGGCGGCAGUGGUUCAUUCUGCAGUGACCAUAGCGAAAAUCUGUCUUCUCUGCAUAGUCCCAGCGAAAAUCUGUCUUCUCUGCAAAGUCCCAGCUAAAAUCUGUCUUCUCUGCAAAGUCCCUAGGGAUGCCAACUCUAUACAACGGAUGUUAUAGAUAUUCAGUUGAUUGCCUACCAAACGAAACAACUAUUGCCUGAGAAAGAAUCUGCAUACAAAAUAUGAUGAACGUGGUACCCUCUGGCAUUUGAAAAUUGUUCCCAAGAAUGAACCAGAAUUGUGGAGGUCUACAAUGUCUUUUGAUCACCCAUGAAGGCACUGAGUUUGAAGAGUAAGACUUUUUGUGGAAGGUACUAAGCUGCAUACAGACCCCCGCUAUCAGGAAUUAAGAGUUCUCCACGUGGCCACCCUGUCCUGUAACCAAUGGCAACAUCGGUCCAGACCCUUCCUCUGAGCCGUGACCCCUACUCGACCCCUACCCGGCCCACAGCCCUACUGGCCCGGUGCAGUAUGGGUAGUGUAGGCAGCCUAGUGGAGCGCCCGGACGGGUCCCCAGCUAAAGGCAGCCGGGCCGUGCCCCAGGUGGGACCCAGACAGACCAACAGGUUAUUAAAGAAAGGCUUCAACCAGAGAGAGCUGCUCAACUACCUCAACAUCACCAGGAAAGAGGCCAAAGUGGGUAGCGGCCCAGGCAGCAGUAGGAAGGACAUCUUCUCCAGCAUGCAGUCCAUGAAGAGAGAGCAUGGACAUGAGGAGGAACACAUCGAGCUCUACUACAAAGACCGAACUGAGGUGGACGUGUCAAAGCACUCCCUGCCAAUUGGAGGGAAAUAUGAGAAGUCUCGUCUCAGGCCAUCUGCCUUCAAGCCCGUCACACCUCAGAACUUCAGUUCCAUGCAGAACCUCUACCCUGCCAAGAUGGAGGACUCAGACCAGGGCCUGUCCAACGGGCUCCACCGGGCCUACGCACACACACCUAGAGCUGUCUCCACCUCCUCUUCCUCCUCCUCACCCUCCCGCCACGGAGGACCCACUUCCAGCGGAACCAAGGCGGUGGCGUCAGUGCGUGGUCUGAGUCAGGAGGAUGAGAACCUGUCAGACUCUGGUCAUAACUCCAUGAACAGUCUUCCUCCAUACAGACCUCCCUUCAGACCACAGCUGGCUCACAUCAGUGCCUCCAUGGGCCACAUCAACUCCAUUGGCUCUCUGGACCGAGCAUCAAAGGUUGUGGGGUCGUCGGGGGUCGCCAUGGCGGAUAUGACCAUGUCAUGCCAUAGCAUGGGAACGCUCAGCCGCCUGGCGCCAUACGGAGGGGAGGCUCCGCCCCCUUAUGAACUGUCACUCUCUGUAGAGGAGGUGGUGCGUGAUCUGGAGGAGAGGCUGGUGGAAAAGGAACAUGAGCUGAAACAGAUGAGGAGGAACCUGGAUGAGAGUGAAGGAGCCAUCGCGCAGGUGUUUGAAGGUAAACAGCGUCUGUGGGAGAAGGAGUUGGAGGAGUUGAAGCAUCUGUACACCGCCAAGCUGCGUCAGGUUUCCCAGCAUGCUCAGCAUUCAGAGCGUGCACUGCAGCUGCAGCUGUACAAGGCCCAGCAGGAGAAGAACAGACUGCAGGACGAACUGAAUGCUCUGACGGGGGGGAGACAGAGAGAGGGUCAGGGGAGUCUGAAGGGAACCAGCCCUACUCUGGAGGAGACUCAGUGGCAGGUGUGUCAGAAGUCAGGUGAGAUCUCGUUGUUGAAGCAACAGCUGCGUGAUUCCCAGGCGGAGGUGACCAGCAAGCUGUCAGAGCUGUUCCAGCUGAAGACCCAGCUGAGAGAGACCAGAGGAGAGCUGCAGAGCCGUGAUGGACAGAUAGACACGCUGCAGACAGCCCUACAUGGUGCGCAACCACGACGACAGGGGAAAGGGGGAGCGGAGGAGAGUGGGACACUAGGGUCUCGAGGAUCAGGAGGGGCAUCAGGCUCUACAGAGGAGCGUCUGCGAGCAGAGCUGUUGUUAGAGCGUUGUCAGAGCCAGGUCCAGGCUACGGCCUUCGAGCAGGAGAGACAGACGUGGCAGACAGAGAAGGAGAAAGUCAUCUGCUACCAGAGAGAGCUGCAGGCCAGCUACCUGGACAUGUACCACCACAACCAAUUACUGGAGAGAGAACUAUACCAGCUCAGAGGAGGAGGAACGCUGGAGAGGGAACUGCAAGAUGUGAGGGGAGGAAGAGGAGAGAUGGGAGAUUACAGUAACGAGUCACUGGAAAGGGAAGUGCAGGAGGUUAGGAGAGGAAGAGGAGGAGGAGAGAGAGAAAGAGGAGAGGAAGACAGUAAACCUCCCCCUGGUCUUCCCUGGAUAGAGAGGAUAGAAUCGUCUGAGAUUUGACUGAGUGGACACUAUAAGGGGGGGGGGGGGCAUUCCAAACCAAUCACUCGCCCCCUCUUCCUAUCUCCUUGAUGAAGAGUCAGGCUUCUUACAGACUUGAAAAGACAGGAGGGCCCCAAUCCAAAACCAAAUCCUCACCCUUCAUCUCCAUGUCCUUGUGGAGGUCCCAAUUCCAAAACAACUCUGCACUCCUGCACUCCUUGACCUGUAUGCACUAGACUGAAUAGUGUGCAUGUAUAAUCAGCAAUACAAUGAUACACCCUCUCUGGUACUGUUUAUUGGAGGUUCCACUUCCUGUUUCAAGCCUGCAAUCAAUGAUAACUUCCUGUUUCAGUCCACAAAUCAAUGACAGCGUAUUAGAGUCGAGAACACUGUACAUUCGAUCAAGCACGACCCUGACCAAACCUCACGUUAGAGGGCUGCUUGUAUGUACAAAUGAUAAUGAUAAUAAUAAUAAUAGCCUAUUUGUAAAUGUUACUUAAUCUAAUUUAGUUCUGUGUGUAUGUAAUCAACCAGUGUGUUCCUCACAGCCGUUCUGUGGGCUCGUUGAAGUUCAGACACUGACUGGGGUAAAGUAAGGGUAGGCUGUGUCUCAAAUAGUACCCUGUAUAGUACACUACUUUUGACCAGGGUUCUGUAGUAGUAGUGCACUAUAUAUGGAAUAGGAUGCCGUUUCAGAUGCACCCUAGGACAUUGUUCAAAAGGAUCUAAAGGGAUUUAGGUUUUGUCCCGGUGAGGUGUGGUGUGGUGAGGUGUGGUGAGGUGUGGUGUGGUGAGGUGAGGUGUGGUGUGGUGAGGUGUUGUGUGGUGAGGUGUUGUGUGGUGAGGUGAGGUGUGGUGAGGUGUGGUGAGGUCUGGUGAGGUGUGGUGAGGUGUGGUGUGGUGAGGUCUGGUGAGGUGUGGUGAGGUGAGGUGCUGUGUGGUGAGGUCUGGUGAGGUGUGGUGAGGUGAGGUCUGGUGAGAUGAGGUGUGGUGAGGUCUGGUGAGGUGAGGUCUGGUGAGGUAAGGUGAGGUGUGGUGAGGUGAGGUGAGGUGUGGUGAGGUGAGGUGUGGUGAGGUGUGGUGAGGUGUGGUGAGGUGAGACAUUAAAAGUUGUCUUCAUUCAGGGAGCGUCCAGGGAGUAGAAAGCUGUACCACUGAUUUAAGUUGGGUUACUAGACCAUCACACGCCAAUACAUGGAUGCUAUUACUCUGCCAUUAACAAUGCUAUUUUAGUUAUGAGGAUAACAAGUUCCUUUUGGGGCUAAAAUUACCCGUUCGGAAAACUGUAAUACUGUAACAAUAUUGUAUUGAGAACGUUUUAUAGAAUUUAUAGUUAUUUUCAUGUGAAUCUAUUUUCUGUCCCCAAAUGACUAUUUUGGAAUCUGUAUAUAGUUGUAAUUUGGAUAUACUAAUGCUGCAGAAGCAUGUACUGUUUGAGUAAAGGACACUUUGAAUGAAUAGCCAAAAUACAGCCUAAUAUUACAGCUCUGGCUAUUAUUCUGCAUCCCAUUGGACUAAUUACUGAUCAUUUACUUGUACCUGUCGUUGCUGUCGGAGGAAAACCUCCUCUCCUAAACAGAAAUGUUUAAUUAAAUGGACAUAUUUUCCCAUUAACAAACAUACAAUUACAAAACUUGAGAAGCUGUUUUGAAUACAUUUUCUUGGUCCUAGAGUCAUUACAAUAUUCAGAGACGACGUUGAGGGAAGUUACUGCUUUCAAUACAGUCCUAAGUUUGGACACACCUACUCAUUUAAGGGCUUUUCUUUAUUUUUUACUAUUUUCUAUGUUGUAGAAUAAUAGUGAAGACAUCAAAACUAUGAAAUAGCACAUAUGGAAUCAUGUAGUAACCAACAAAGUGUUAAACAAAUCAAAAUAUAUUUUAGAUUUUAGAUUCUUCAAAUAGCCACCCUUUGCCUUGAUGACAGCUUUGCACACUCUUGGCAUUCUCUCAACCAGCUUCACCUGGAAUGCUUUUCCAACAGUGUUGAAGGAGUUUCCACAUAUGCUGAUCACUUGUUAGCUGCGUUUUCUUCACUCUGCGGUCCAACUCUUCCCAAACCAUCUCAAUUGGGUUGAGGUCGGGUGAUUUGGAGGCCAGGUCAUCUGAUGCAGUACUCCAUCACUCUCCUUCUUGGUAAAAUAACCCUUACACAGCCUGGAGGUGUGUUGAGUCAUUGUCCUGUUGAAAAAUAAAUGAUAGCGCAAACCAGAUGGGAUGGCGUAUCGCUGCAUAAUGCUGUGGUAGCCAUGCUGGUUAAGUGUGCCUUGAAUUCUAAAUAAAUCACUGACAGUGUCACCAGCAAAGCACCCCCACACCAUCACACCUCCUCCUCCAUGCUUCUCGGUGGGAACAACACAUACAGAAAUCAUCCGUUCACCUACCUUGUGUCUCACAGAAAAAAAAUCUUAAAUUUGGACUCAUCAGACCAAAGCACAGAUUUCCACCAGUCUAAUGUGCAUUGGCCGUGUUUCUUGGCCCAAACCAGUCUCUUCUUCUUAUUGGUGUCCUUUAGUAGUGGUUUCUUUGCAGCAAUUUGACCACGAAGGCCUGAUUCACGCAGUCUCCUCUGAACAGUUGAUCUUGAGAUAUGUCUGUUAAUUGAACUCUGUGAAGCAUUUAUUCGGGCUGCAAUCUGAGUUUAACUCAUGAACUGAUCCUCUGCAGCAGAGGUAACUCUGGUCUUCUUUCCCUGUGGCGUUACCAAUGAGAGCUAGUUUCAUCAUAGUGCUUGAUGUUUUUUGCGACUGAACUUGAAACUUUAAAAUUUCUUGACCAUUUCCCGAUUGACUGACCUUCAUGUCUUAAAGCAAUGGACUGUCGUUCCUCUUUGCUUAUUUGAGCUCUUCUUGCCAUAAUAAGGACUUGGUCUUUUACCAGAUAGGCCUGUCUUCUGUGUACCACCCCUACCUUGUCACAACACAACUGAUUGGCUCAAACACAUUAAAAAUAAAAUAAAAUCCACAAAUGAACUUUUAACAAGGCACACCUGUAAAUUGAAAUGCAUUCCAGGUGACUUCCUCUUGAAGCUGGUUGAGAGAAUGGCAAGAGUGUGCAAAGCUGUCAUCAAGGUGGCUACUUUGAAGAAUCUCAAAUAUAUUCUGAUUUGUUUCACACUUUUUUGGUUACUACAUGAUUCCAUAUAUGUUAUUUCAUAGUGUUGAUGUCUUCACUAUUAUUCUUCCUUCUUGUCUUCUAGACAGUGUUCCUCUUUCCAAGGGCUGUGUUCUUUUGCCCAUCUUAAACUUUUCUUUUUAUUGGCCAGUCUGAGAUUUGGCUUUUUCUUUGCAACUCCACCUAGAAGGCCAGCAUCCCGGAGUCGCCACUCCACUGAUGACGUUGAGACUGGUGUUUUGCAGGUACUAUUUAAUGAAGCUGCCAGUUGGGGAUUUGUAAGGCAUCUGUUUCUCAAACUAGACACUCAAAUGUACUUGUCCUUUUGCCCAGUUGUGCACCGGGGCCUCCCACUCCUCUUUCUAUUCUGGAUAGAGCCCGUUUGCUCUGUUCUGUGUAGGGAGUAGUACACAGCGUUGUACCAGAUCUUCAGUUUCUUGGCAAUUUCUUGCAUGGAAUAUUCUUAAUUGCUCAGAACAAGAAUAGACUGACGAGUUUCAGAAGAAAGUGCUUUGUUUCUGGCCAUUUUGAGCCUGUAAUCGAACCCACAAAUGCUGAUGCUCCAGAUACUCAACUAGUCUAAAGAAGGACAGUUUUAUUUAUUUACAGUUUUCAGCUAAUAAAAUUGCAAAAGGGUUUUCUAAUGAUCAAUUAGCCUUUUAAAAUGAUAAACUUGGAUUAGCUAACACAACGUGCCAUUGGAACACAGGAAUGAUAGUUGCUGAUAAUGGUCCUUCUCACGCCUAUGUUGAUAGUCCAUAAAAAAUCUGCCGUUUCCAGCUACAAUAGUCAUUUACAACAUUAACAGUUCAUAUACUGUAUUUCUGAUCAAUUUGAUGUUAUUUUACUGGACAAAAAAAUGUGUUUUUCUUUCAAAAACAAGGAAAAGUAUAAGUGACCCCAAACCUUUGAACGGUAGUGUAUACAUGUUGCUUCUGAAUUUAUAUAAUAAACAUUUAUCAAGUG